AUGGCGAACGUCGCGAACCCUAACGCCGCGACCAUCACCCAGCUCCUGAACAAACUGAGCGACCCGGAUCCCGACUUCCGGUUUAUGUCCUUGAAUGAUCUUCACCAGAUCCUAACGAGGCCCAAGCUCGAGUUCCUCGCCCACGACUACAACACUUCAUCCCGUACCGUCGAUGCUGUCAUUAAGGCCCUGGACGACCAGAAUGGAGAGGUGCAGAACUUGGCCGUCAAGUGCAUUGGCCCCAUGGUCUCCAAGAUCCCGAUCACGGUUGUCUCGCCUACACUGGAGAAACUCACUAUGAUUGAAAUCCAGAACUCGGUAGACAACUCCCUGCCCUCUUUGGCCCUCCGAAAUGCCAUAUCCUCACUGCAAAAGCCCGUCCGGGGCAUUGCGCCGACACGAGAAGUCAUCGACACAUAUAAUGUCAUCAGUCGAGUGCUUAUCCCACGUAUCCUCGGUUAUUCGAUACCAGCCAACGCCCAUAAGCAGGCACGCGGCGACCCAAAUGGCCUUUUGGACAAGGCGGACCCCAGCCCCGAAGCUGUUGACGUGCUGAUCGAGGUUGUUCGCUGCUUCGGCCCUCUGUUGCAGCCGCUGGAGAUCGAGAAGCUGCAGGAUGUGGUUGUACAAGUCUUGGAGCGACCGAGCACCCCAUCACCAGUCAAGAAGAGAGCAGUUGUUGCUUUGGCGAUCUUGGCUCCGUACCUGACAGACGAGGUGCUCAGUGGGUUUGUCAACAGAAUCAAAAAGGCCAUGCAGCAGCCAAAGCUCACACCAGUCAUGCAUCGCCUCUACAUCACCAUCAUGGGGUCUCUUGCCAGGGCCAUUCCCCAUAAGUUUGGCGUGCACCUACCUGACCUUGUUCCCUUCGUCUUUGCGACACUUGGCCAGGAAGAGUUACAGAAGCAGUUGGAUGCUGUUAGUGAAGGCGACGAUCACAACACCGAGUUCAAUGAGGUACGAGAAGUCGCCUUGGUCGCCCUUGAUUCGUUUGUCGCCUCCUGCGGCGUUCAGAUGCGCCAAUUCACCGACGAGACCAUUUCGGCUUGCUUGAGAUAUCUCAAGUUCGAUCCCAAUUACGCAGUUGACGACGAUGAAGACAUGGAAGUAGAUGAAGACGCGGAUGAGGACGACGAGCUGGAUGAUGAUGAUGAAUAUGAAGAUGAUGGCGGCUUCGAUGACGACGAUGAUGAUGCGAGCUGGAAGGUUCGAAGAUGUGCUGCGAAGACGCUCUACACCCUCAUCUCGACCCGCAGCAGCGACCUGCUUGACAAGGGAACCCUUUACAACGAAGUGGCUUUACCCUUGGUCAAGCGAUUUGAUGAACGGGAAGAGAGUGUUCGCCUGGAAGUCAUCGCUACGAUGGCUCUACUGAUUCGCAAGACGGGCGAAGGCGUCAUACGCUCGGUCUCCUUGGAUGAUGAGCUACUGCAAUCUCUUGGGGGGAGUAGAAAACGCCGCAGACAGAGCAGCGGUGGAUUUACACUAACCCACAAAGCUCCAUUCCAGGCAGCAACUGGCCUCACUUCGCCGACGCAGGAGUCGCUGCCUUCGACUGGACCCCGAGCAGAUCUUUCCAAGCUGACCCCCCAGAUCGCCAAGACUGCGACAAAGCUCCUGAAAGGGAAGCAAAUUGCCACCAAGCAAGCCAUUAUCAACCUCUUGGACGAUCUGAUCUCGGUUCAGAACGGUGGCCUGUCUGAAUACUUCGACCAGGUCAUGCAGCCCAUAAUCGAUGUCACCAAGGGAAUGACCGGCACCGCCGGGUCGACGUCGACUGCUCUCUCUGGCGGUGCUGCUUCGGCAACCGCCACUACCCUCCGCGUGGCGGUGCUUCACUUCACCAGUGACAUAGCGAAGACACACUCGUCUAGCCUGUUCCAGCCGUACCUGUCAAGCAUUGUUACUGGAGUCGUCUCUGCUGUACAGGACAGAUUCUACAAGAUCUCCAGCGAGGCCAUCAAGACAGCGGAGGAGCUUGUCAAAGCCAUCACGCCACCACGCGCUCGACUCACGACUCAGAAGUAUAAGCCUGAACUGCUCAAGCUAUACGAGAUCAUGAUUGAUCGUGCGUCGGCGAAUGAUGCCGACACGGAGGUGCGCCAGAAAGCCAUCCAGGCGCUUGGCACACUGAUUGCCAGGACCUCGACUCCCGACGGGCUUGCCUUGUUGCCGGCUGAGAAGCGCCAGGCUGGUUUGGACCUGCUCCUGGAUCGUCUGCGUAACGAGACCACCCGACUCCAUGCCGUGCGAGCUAUCGACAGUGUUGCACUGCUUUCUUCCGUCCCUGAUAGCCUCGACAGCGCCUGGGUUCAGCCGGUUGCCGUGGAGCUGUGCGGACAGCUUCGUAAGGCUAAUCGCGCGCUUCGGGGUGCCAGCAUUCAGGCCCUCCACCACCUUAUCACAUGUCCAGCGACGAAGGGACAACUACAAACAGACGUGAUCAACGGGAUUGUGGCAGCUAUUCUGCCCGUUGUUGCUGCUAGUGACAGCCAACUCCUGAGUCCUGCUCUGCUCAUUAUCGCCCAACUGCAGCUCGAGAACCCCAAGUUGACCCUGACGCCGAGUUUCAUUGAGGCCAUUUGCGACUUACUCAAGAAGAGCAUUGCUGGCAUCGCACUGGAGUCCCUAAUCACACUUGUGACCAACGUCGGCCAAAGCGGCGAGGGUGAAUCUCUCAUGGGGGGAGUCUUGCAGGUUGGCGUAGGCGGCGAUCCGUCAGUCGUCGGCAAGGUCGCUGGUGCCUUGUUUGUUGCUAGCGGUAGUCAGUCUGGCGUGGACGUCAACAGUUUCGUCAAUGAACUCAAUGCGUCGAGCAGGCUAUCACCACCAGACACAUCCCGGCAAAGCCUGGCACUCGCGAUCCUUGGCGAGAUUGGCCUCCGACUCGGCACCAAAUCCCCGCUCAAGCCCGACAUUUUCUUGAAGCAAUUUCACGACGAACCCGACAAAGUUUCGGUAUCCGCUGCGGUGGCCCUAGGGCGUGCGGGUGCAGGCAACAUUCCCGUGUUCCUCCCAGUCAUCCUGGAUGCUAUCGUGGGAUCUGGCAGUCAGCAGUAUCUUCUUUUGCAGUCGAUCCGAGAGAUCCUCCACCAAGUCGUCUCUUCGUCGACUGACAUCAGCGCGUACGAGGGCGUGAUAUGGGAGCUCCUCUUUUCGGCUUCUCAAGCUGAAGAUAACAAGGCUAUCUGUGCCGAGUGCAUCGGCCGAUUGGCUAUACUGAAGCCGAAGACCUAUAUCCCUAAGCUUCAGGAACUUCUCAAGAGCCCUGUUGAGAGAUACAGAGCCGUGGCUGUCCAAGCCCUCAGAUAUACACUACCAGACAGUGAUGAAGCGUUCGAUGCAGAACUGAAGACAGUCUUAUUUGACAUGAUAUUGACGGUAUUGAAGGACAGCAAGUUGGAGAUUCGUCGCUUGGGCAUGACAACGUUAAAUUCGGCCACCCACAACAAGCCUGAGCUAGUUCUGCCGCAUCUUGGCCAGCUGACGCCCUACAUCAUGACGGAAUCCAUUAUCAAGCCGGAGCUUAUUCGCGAGGUUCAAAUGGGCCCUUUCAAGCACACUGUCGACGACGGGCUAGAAGUCCGCAAGAGUGCAUAUGAGACUUUGUAUGCUCUGAUGGAGACGGCAUUCUCUCGCAUUAGCACCCUUGAGUUCUACGACCGCAUUGUAGCUGGUCUCGGUGACGACAAUGACAUUCGAUCCUUGUGCAAUCUCAUGCUCAGCAAGUUGAUUGUCAUCGACCCUGAGGAGACAACACGCCGCCUUGACACCAUCGCCGAAUGCUACAGAAGGACUUUAUCAACAAAACUUAAGGAGAAUGCUGUGAAGCAAGAGGUGGAGAAGCAAGAGGAAGCCAACAAGGGUGUUUUGCGUGUUUCUCUGCUCCUGGCUGACAAGACCAAGACUACGCUCCCUGGACCAAGCAAUGCGCCGGGAGCCGCCGGUGCCCAGGCCCAGGCUCAGCAAGCAGUACAGAAUCCUGGAUGGCAGGCGUACUGGGAAUGGAUCAACAAGGACUUCGAACGUCAGCUCAAGAGUAUACGGGAGGAAAGCAAAGAGGCCAACUCAUAG